AUGUCAAAAGUAAAGGUUGAACCACAGAAAGCCCUUGGUUAUCAAUUUCCUAUACAGAAAGUCUCUUACAAUAAGAGAGAUAUAAUCCUGUAUGCAUUGUCCAUCGGUUGUGAAGCGGAUGAACUGAGAUAUACUUAUGAAUUAGACAAACAGUUUGCACCGUUUCCAACUUAUCCGAUUGUGUUAUCCCUCAAAGGAAACACAAACGAUGUCAAUUUGUUUGCAGAAAGAACAAAAUUCGGAGGUCCAAUACCUGGGCUUCCCCCAUUGGAUCCAAAUAAAAUGAUCCAGGGUGAACAAAGUCUUGAAGUAUUAAAUAAGUUACCAGUAGAAGGAGAAUUUGAUUUGCAAACAACCGUAACUGGCAUAUACGACAAAGGCAGUGGGUUGGUAUUCGAACUUACGUCUGUUCUGAUUGAUCCAAAUACAAAGGUACAAUACGCGAAGACAAGAUCGCAAACAUUUGUAAUUGGUUAUGGUGGAUUUGGCGGGCCCAAGGGGGGGAAAAGUUUAUCGUACUCACCGCCCAAAAAUAAAGCGCCUGAUGCUGUGGUUUCCGCAAAGACUUUAGCUACCCAAGCAUUGCUUUAUAGACUGUCUGGGGACUACAAUCCACUGCACGCAGACCCGACAAUUGGGGCAGAAUUAGGUUUUGGAGGUGUCAUUCUCCAUGGUCUAUGCACGUUUGGUCAUGCCGCACAUGCUAUACUGAAGACGCUCGGGAACAAUGACCCAAGUCGACUCGUUAGCAUUACUGGGAGAUCUUCGGUACCUGUGUAUCCAGGUGAUACUCUCGAUACAUAUAUGUGGAAACUUGGAGAAGGUAAAGUUGUAUACCUAGUCAAAGUAAGAGAGAGAGACGUUAUUGUACUCACGAAUGGUUUGGCUGUGCUGAAAGAAGAUCAAAGUGCAAGCAAACUGUAA